AUGGGCAUGACGCAGGCGCAUACGUCUCUGGACGUUAUUAUUGUUGGAGCCGGAAUCGGAGGCAUAGCCGCUGCCCUCGCCCUUGGCCUAAGAGGCCAUCGUGUAACGAUCCUUGAAGCUGCUCCAAAGCUUUUGGAGGUGGGAGCUGGGAUUCAAGUAUCGCCGAACAUGUUACGCCUCUUCGAAAGAUGGGGCGUCUCGGACUUGAUACACACACAAGAUGUUGCGCUCGAGCAUAUUCACAUCCGUAGAUGGCAAGACGGGAGUCUUCUCGGGACCAUGCCCGUGAACAAGACUUUCGGGCAGCAAGUAGUCAUCCACCGCGCAGAUUUACAUAACGCUUUAAUCGACAGAGCUCUGGCUUUACCGAAUGUGGAUUUGCAUGUCAACUCAACAGUGACAGACGUCAGUUUCUCUCCCGCGAGUGUCUCCCUGGCGAAUGGAACUGUGAUCGGUGGUGACAUUGUCCUCGGAGCCGACGGCAUCAAGUCCACAAUACGAGGACAUCUACUGGGAGACUCGACACUAAAAGCCAUCCCGACCGGGGAUGCCGCAUAUCGAAUAGUCCUCCCUCGGAGUGCAAUGGAAAAGGACCCAGAGCUCAGAGCGCUCAUCGACGAACCGCAGGCGACCCGGUGGCUAGGACCUGAGCGCCACAUCGUGGCCUACCCGGUCCGAAAACACGAACUAUACAACAUGGUCCUAUUACAUCCGGAUCGGGGAGGAUCCGAGGAGUCAUGGACCACAAAGGGAUCGAAGGAGGCCAUGGUGGAGAACUACAAAGGAUGGGACCAGCGCAUUACAAAGCUGAUCGACCUUGUGGACGAAAAGGAGGUUCUGGAAUGGAAGUUAUAUCUUCACCGACCCCUUGAGACGUGGAUCCGGGGAUCAGUGGCAUUACUCGGUGACGCAUGUCACCCGAUGCUGUCCAAGCCCGGGAUUCUCUUAUCGAAGAUUCGCUCUCCCCACGAGGUUGGCAGUGCGUUGCAGAUAUAUGAGAAGUUGCGGAAGCCACGCGCGGAGAUCGUUCAACAAUCUGGGACCGAGAACCGAAUUGUCCUGCAUUUGCCCGACGGACCCGAGCAACGUGUGCGCGACAAGCAGUUCCAGACGUCUACGGCUGGCUCGAAUCCAGAUAAAUGGGCUGAUCGGGAGACUCAAGAGUUUCUGUGGGCCUGGGAUGCGGAGAAGGCUGCGCUGGAGGCUUGGAAUGAACUGAUCCAGGGAGAACUGUCCAGGAGACCGUAUGCAAACUCCGUGGUCUACGAAGCAGCGGUCGAAAGUCGCCUUCCGAACUUCAACUUGAAGCCGUCUUGA